AUUGAAAGGAAUGCCACUGUCAUCUCCAGAACCUCUCUUUGGGAAAAUCAACAAGACUUAAAAUGACCAAAAACACCAAUAUUCGAAUCAGUCUUCCAGCAGUCUGCUUUGUCUGGCAGAUUGCUAUGAUCAUCCUGUUUGGCGUGUUCGUUCGUUAUAAUGAGGAGUCUGACAGCCAUUGGAUCGAACACAAAAAAAGAAAAAAUAUUUCCACGGAUUUAGAGAAUGAUUUUUACUAUAGAUAUCCAAGUUUUCAGGAUGUGCAUGUGAUGAUCUUUGUUGGUUUUGGAUUUCUCAUGACCUUUCUUAAGCGUUAUAGUUUCGGUGGAGUUGGCUUCAAUUUUCUCAUCGCAGCAUUUGGAAUUCAAUGGGCUCUACUGAUGCAAGGCUGGUUUCAUUACCUUGACAGUGAUGACUGGAAAAUAAAAAUUGGGAUUGAGAACCUCAUCAAUGCAGAUUUCUGUGUGGCUGGCUGUCUCGUUGCAUAUGGCGCUUGUCUUGGAAAGGUCAGUCCAGUGCAGCUGAUGGUUCUUACUCUGUUUGGAGUCACCCUGUUUGCGGUUGAGGAAUAUAUCAUUUUAGAACUCCUUCAUGUGAAAGAUGCUGGUGGUUCCAUGGUCAUCCACACUUUCGGAGCAUAUUAUGGUUUGACCAUAUCUUGGAUCUUAUAUCGACCAUUGCUAUCUCAGAGCAAAAAUUAUCAAGGAUCUGUAUACCACUCUGAUGUGUUUGCAGUGAUUGGCACUCUCUUUCUGUGGAUGUUCUGGCCCAGUUUUAAUUCUGCUAUUGCAGAUCAUGGAGAUGGGCAGCACAGAGCUGUUAUAAAUACCUACCUCGCACUGGCCUCAUCAGUUCUCACUACCUUUGCCAUUUCAAGUCUCUCACAAAAACAUGGAAAGCUUGACAUGGUACAUAUUCAGAAUGCUACCUUGGCUGGUGGUGUUGCGAUGGGAACAGCUUCAGAGUUCAUGAUUACACCUUACGGCUCUCUGAUAGUGGGAUUCUGUUCAGGCAUUGUUUCCACACUUGGAUAUCUGUUUCUGACUCCUUUUAUGGAAAAAACUCUGAAAAUACAAGACACUUGUGGUGUACAUAACCUGCAUGGAAUGCCUGGAGUUAUCGGUGGUAUCGUUGGAGCUAUUACUGCAGCUUCAGCCAGUGAGUCAGUUUAUGGAAAAGAAGGGUUAAUUAACACGUUCGACUUCAAGAGUGCCGUUGCUAACAGGACAGUCAGCAUUCAGGGUGGUCACCAGGCUGCAGGUCUCUGUGUAGCAAUAGCAUUUGGUCUUGGAGGUGGAGCUUUGGUUGGUGGGAUACUAAAGCUGCCAAUCUGGGGUGACCCAGCAGAUGCCAACUGCUUUGAUGAUGAGGUUUAUUGGGAGGUUCCUGAGGAUGAGGAUGAGAAUAUUCCUGCCUCUAGACACCCAAACAUGAACCACGUAAGAAGCAUGGAAGAUGUAUAUCAACGAAGUAAUAUGUAAGGGGGGAAACUGCCUAAAAACUCCACUUCCUGAAGAACUUCAACUCUGAAUGAUGAUUGAAUAAGAAUCAUGAAGGAUUGACAGACUGAUUAUAUAAGCUACUGAAUGGAAAUGUUUAAGUCUGUCAUGUGCUUUGGGUUGUACAAUGACAUAAUACCAAAGCAUCUUGCCUCUAGUACCUGAAUAACCAGAGUUGCCACUGCAGCUUCCACAAAAA